UAAAACGAAGGAUAAUAAUCUUAUGGCUGAACUGAAGUGAAAAAACAGUAGUAGAAGUAGUAGUAGCGUGUGUGUGUAUAGCAUAGGCAUGGCGGCAUCGACUAGACUAGUUCUACAUCUACAUGCCACAACCACCGCAACUGUAGUGGUGCCUAUUCCCAAGUACAAGCUUAGAUUAUCCACCGCCAAAGCUGCUAAUAGCCGCUUUCGUAGACCCAUCUUCACAUGUAAGGCUACCUCUAAUACUACCACUCCCGUUUAUCAAGGAGUCUAUGGUCCUUGGUCCGUCGAUUCCUCCGACGUUCGAGAGGUCAUAUCCUACCGUUCUGGGCUGGUCACGGCUGCAGCCUCUUUUGUGGGGGCAGCCUCCGCAGCUUUCUUGCCUGAAGACACUCAGGUUGGGGCCUUCAUACAACACAAUCUUGACCUGUUUUAUAUUGUGGGUGGCGCUGGACUUGGGGUGUCUUUGGUGUUGAUUCAUAUAUAUGUCACCCCAAUUAAGCGAACUCUUCAAGCGCUUUGGGGGCUUGGCGUGGUUGGAUCCUCGCUUGCAUACACCAACCUGGCUGCGCAUUCUGGGCAGGGGCUGGUCCAGUAUGUUGUUCACAACCCCGCCGCUGUCUGGCUUGUGGGUCCACUCUUUGCAGCCCUCACUGGCCUUGUCUUCAAAGAAGGUCUCUGCUAUGGCAAGCUAGAAGCUGGACUUCUCACUUUCAUAAUACCAACUCUUCUUCUUGGCCACCUGACUGGUUUGAUGGACGAUGGAGUGAAACUCCCUCUGCUUGGGGCCUGGAUGAUACUUUUUGUGAUAUUUGCUGGAAGGAAGUUUUCUCAGCCAAUUAAGGAUGACAUUGGUGACAAAUCCGUCUUCAUGUUCAAUUCCCUUCCGGAAGAUGAGAAGAACGCUUUGAUCGAGAAGCUUGAGCAGCAAAAGUCUUGAUUAGAAAAACAAAAAUUUAAAGAACAAGUCAAAAAUGCAUAAUAUAUAUGCGUUGACAGGACUGUACUGUAGAAUAAUAUGUAGAUAGUGGCUAUUUUUCAUUUUGCAUGACAUUACAAACCAAAAAAAUGGAUAGGUUUCUGAUUUUCACUAAAA